UAUAAGGUGUCAGGACGUGGCGGUCUAUUUCUCCAUGGAGGAGUGGGAGUAUGUAGAAGGACACAAGGAUCAGUACAAGGAUCAGGUCAUGAUGGAGGAUCAGCAGCCCCUCACAUCAGCAGUCAGAUCCAGUAAGAGAACAGCACCAGAGAGGUGUCCCCGUCCUCUUCUUCCACAGGAUGAUCAGGGAGAAGAUCUGAACAAAAUUAAUGCUCCAGAGACAGAUGUGAGCGGUGAUGAGCAGUAUAAGGAGGACAUUCCUACAGGUAACCACCCAGAUUCUUGUAGCAGGAGAUCAGAGGAGAAUCUUAUAUCUUCAGAUUAUAAAGCAGAUGAUGAUAUCACACAAGAUACAUAUGAAGAACAUUCCAUUAUCCCAGAUACACCCUCAGCCCUUCACAGCCAAGAUCUGUCAUCUCAUCCUUAUAUACAGGUCCUGUCUUCUCAGUCAUCACAGGAUGUUCAGCAAAAUAAAGGUCACAGAAGGAAUGAUGGACAUCUACAAGCUCAUACAGGAAAGAAACCAUAUUCAUGCUCAGAAUGUGAAAAAUGUUUUACUUACAAAUCAAAUCUUGUUCAACAUCAAAGAAUUCACACAGGGGAGAAGCCAUUUUCAUGCUCAGAAUGUGAGAAAUGUUUUAGUGAGAAAUCAAGUCUUGUUAAACAUCAAAGAACUCACACAGGAGAGAAGCCGUUUUCAUGCUCAGAAUGUAGAAUGCGUUUUACUGACAAAUCAAGUCUUUGUAAACAUCAAAGAACUCACACGGGGGAAAAGCCAUUUUCAUGUACAGAAUGUGAGAAAUGUUUUAGUGAGAAACAAAGUCUUGUUAAACAUCAAAGAAUUCACACAGGGGUGAAGCCAUUUUCAUGUACAGAAUGUGAGAAAUGUUUUAGUGAGAAACCAAGUCUUGUUAAACAUCAAAGAAUUCACACAGGGGAGAAGCCAUUUUCAUGUUCAGAAUGUAGAAAGUGUUUUACUGACAAAUCAAGUGUUCUUAGACAUCAAAGAACUCACACAGGAGAGAAGCCAUUUUCAUGUGUAGAAUGUGGGAAAUGUUUUACUGCGAAAGCAACACUUAAAGAUCAUCAACGAGCUCAUACAGGAAAGAAACCAUAUUCAUGCUCAGAAUGUGGGAAAUGUUUUACUUUUAAAUCAGGUCUUGUUACACAUCAAAGAACUCACACAGGGGAGAAGCCAUUUUCAUGCUCAGAAUGUGGGAAAUGUUUUACUCAGCAAUCACAUCUUGCUGUACAUAAAAGAACUCACACAGUGAAGAAGCUAUUUUCAUGUUCAGAAUGUGGGAAAUAUUUUAGUGAGAAACCAAGGCUUGUUAAACAUCAAAGAAUUCACACAGGGGAGAAGCUAUUUUCAUGUUCAGAAUGUGAGAAGUGUUUUACUAAUAAAUCAUACCUUGUUGUACAUCGAAGAACUCACACAGGGGAGAAACCAUUUUCAUGUUCAGAAUGUAGGAAGUGUUUUAUUGACAAAUCAAAUCUUGUUCAACAUCAAAAAACUCACACAGGGGAGAAGCCAUUUUCAUGUUCAGAAUGUGGAAAAUGUUUUACUGAGAAAUCAAGUCUUCUUUAUCAUCAAAAAACUCACACAGGAGAGAAGCCAUUUCCAUGUUCAGAAUGUGGAAAAUGUUUUAUUCAAAAAUCACAUCUUGUUAAACAUCAGAGAACUCAUACAGGUGAGAAGCCAUUUUCAUGUUCAGAAUGUGGAAAAUGCUUUACUUGCAAAUCAGGUCUUGUUAAACAUGUAAGAACUCACACAGGGGAGAAGCCAUUUUCAUGUGCAGAAUGUGGGAAAUGUUUUACUGAGAAAUCAAAUCUUAAAAAACAUAAGAAUUCACACAGGAGAGAAGCCAAUUCAGAGCAAUAAAUGACGGAGAUAUCACAUCUAUAUAUUAACCAUGUACAUAGGAUAUCUGACAUUUAUAUAUAUAUAUAUAUAUCUCAUAUACUGCAGGGUCUCAAACUGGCGGCCCUCCAGAUGUUGCAAAACUUCAAUUCCUAGCAUGCCUGUGAGGGGAGUCAGCUUGUUAUACCUUUUUAUAUAACCUUUUAUAAUAAUCCUUUAUAUAUCAUCACCAUGUUGUCUAUAGUCCACCAUCUUGUCUAUGUUCCUUCAUUAUGAACUGAGUGUGAACUUUACCAGAAUUAUAACCAGGAAACUUGUAAACAAGAACCACAACUGCUGAGCGUACAGAAAACUCCAAGGCUACUGAGUCUGAAGACGUUCACACUUCCCGUCCUUCCUACUUAGAGAUAAGACGCCUGUUUGUAACCAGGUAUCAUUGGGCAGUUUGCCGUCCUUUCAUCUUUGCCUAUAAGAAUUCUGCUGUAUGUAGUAAACGUCAGAAGACGCUGUAUACAGAUCCCAGUCUGUGUCAUUUCUUCCAAUCUAUCAGGCCUGAUUGAUAAAACAUUUCCAAUUUGGCCUCAAACAGCAAAUGUACCUGAAGGAAUUGGUUAAAUUCCUUAACAUGGCCGACAACGGUUAUCUGCAGCCAACGGCUGUCCGGGCAUGUCCUGGCAUGCUGGGAGUUAAAGUUAUACAACAUCUGGAGGGCCACCAGUUUGAGACCCCUGAUAUACUGCAUCUCCAAACUUGUUACCAAUUGUUAAUAAAA